AUGUUUUUGCAGCCAGACAGCAUAAAGUCGUGUUCAAAUUGCAAACACAAGAAGGUCAAGUGUUCAGGAGAACUACCGGUUUGUUCCCGAUGUAAAAAGUCAGCGGCAAGUUGCGAUAUUGUUAACAACGUAUUCUACAAUUUUCAAACCGUGCAAUCACUUCUGGGUGUAAUACAGAAGUUGGAGGACAAGGUCGCCGAGGCAGAAACGUCACAGUCAGCAUAUUCAGGAGAAGACCAGCCGAACAGCGUAGACCAGCCCCUGCAUGCACAGCCAUUAGAUGAAAAUCAACAGCGGCAACAGCAGCAACAACAGCAACAACAGCAACAACAGCAACAACAGCAACAACAGCAACAACAACAACAACAACAACAACAACAACAACAACAACAACAACAACAACAACAACAACAACAACAACAACAACAACAACAACAACAACAGCAGCAGCAGCAGCAGCAGCAACAGCUAAAGCAACAACAAUCUAGGGAACAGAUCUCGCCCCAGUCUCAACAGAACUCUUCACAGCUAUGUUCCCCUCCGGACGUUUCUACCCCAAACUCAACAAGUAGCAGCAAGGAGAAAACAAAUAGAAAAGGCACCACCAUUGAGUCGAUUUCAACCGAGGUGGGAAGUUUAACUAUUUCGAACAACGACAACACACAGGGGAAGUAUAUUGGAGCUGCAACAGGCUCCAAUUUUGCCAGAUUGUUUUUGAAGCAGAUGCAUUUAGGCAGACUGAAUGAGCUCAACUCCAGCGCCAUGGAUGACUUUGACUCUUUCGAUUCCUCGGUUACUAAAUCUUACGCUCCCUUACCACCGUACCGGAUUUCAAAGUAUGCAGUACUAAAGUACAUUAACUGCGUUCACAUUUAUUAUCCGUUACUACUACUCCAGAAUUUGAAACACACUCUACACGUCAUGUAUUCUUCACCGAAAGAAGUAUCGCUGCACGAUAAAUUUGUUCUUUUCAUUGUCAUCUCAAUAGGGCUAGACCGUGCGGAGAAAGAUGUCGAAAUGACAAACUAUAUUAACCAGUUUAAACCCGUCGAGUACUUCAACACAGCCUACAGAUACUUGGAAGAAAUACUAUCUAUUCGUUCGGAAAAAUCUCUACAGUCAUUACUCCUUGUUAUAAUCUGGUUGUUGAAUACAAAUGUGUUGAGAGAUGACAACGGUGACUUGUGGCACUUGGGAAGGUUUUCUAUGUCCCUUGCAAUGGAGUUAGGUGUCCAUAGGUUCAACCCGGAUUGGGAUUUCGGAGAAAUGAAAAAUGAAUUGAGAAAUAGAUUGUUCUGGUGUACAUAUAUUUUAGAAAGAACAAUUGCUAUGAAAUUUGGUAGGGGGUUAUCAUUGAGAAAGCAAGCGAUUGACACGCCAAUUCCGCAACUAUUCAAGGACGAUUAUAUCUCCGAUAAUACUAAUUUUGGAACCGAUUUGUUAAACGUUUAUGAUCAGGUGCAGUUCAAACCAUCACUGCUGUUGAUCAACAUAUGUGAGAUUUACGGUGAUACAUUAGAAACUGUGUACAUAUCAAGGGCGGCACAUUCGGAGCCAGCUUUGAGUUUAGAGGAGAUAUCUAACUAUAAGACACAAUUACAAAACUCAUUAACGCAGUGGAUGGUGCAGGUGGACAAGCAGAUACCCAACACUUUGGAGUGUUAUUAUGAGUUAAAAAUAAGAUAUUGUCUUGCAUCUGUCAUUUUAAACCGACCUUCUCCCUCGUUCCCCAUCCCAGAUACAGAGUCGAUCUUGAGAUGCAAAACGGAUUGUCAGGAGUGUAUUUCCUCUUACUGCUGGAUGCUUGAUCAUGGAUGGAAAAUCAAUCCUACCUGUUUGCAUGACUUGGUUAACGUAGGGUUGACUAUGAUUUACUGUUGCUGGAAAACCGAAACAGAUUCAAAUACUUUGAAGGACUUUUCUCUAAAAAUUUUGAAUAUCAUGAAUGAGGUUGUUAAAUACUAUCCAACCUUUACCAAGUUUAAAAACCUAUUCAUUAUUGUUUCUUCUAUAAUCAUCGAUGGAUUCAACAACCAUGUCAACAACAGCGGUGGUGCCGUUGGCAACUCUAACGGCGAUGACUCAGAUACCAUGACAGAGGUUCAGCAGGCUGGAGGGCAUAACGAGUUUAUGUUUCAGAACCUUCCGCAACAACUCCAGCAAGUCAAGUCUAGUGUGCAGUACCCAACAUCUUUCCAUUUCACCAACCCGCAGGCUAACACAGAAUUCAACGAUUGGUUCACGCAGGAAUUGUUUCAAGACGUUUUCAGACAGUAUUAUUUCCCUAGUAACGAUACCAUAAUGGAAGACCUUGACCAUUUAUUCAACUUCCAAACCGAUUUUGAGUAG